AUGGCGACAUUCCCUACAGACGUUGUCAUCGAAAUUCUGAGUCGGCUCCCUGUGAAAUCCCUUCUUCGCUUCACAACUGUUUGCAAAUCAUGGCGUUCCCUAAUUAAAUCUCCCAUUUUCAUCAAUCUCCACCUCAAAAAAUCCCUGCUCUCCUACUCCGAUCAUAACCUAAUGAUUUUCUGGGACUCUCUGCAUUUUGCUGAAUUUAACUCUAACUGCAGCAGCCUUUCUCUAUCAUCGAAACUCAAACACCCUCUCGAACACUUCAAACUCCAUUUAAUAGGCUCAUGUAAUGGACUCGUCUGCGUUUGCGAUGGCACCAGAAGUGGCGUUUUCAUUAUCAAUCCUUUAACUAAAUCCCUCCGUAAACUCCCAUCGAUUCGCAUACCAAAUCGGUAUAAAGAAGCUGGAGAUGCUGCUUUUGUGUUUGGUUUCGGUUAUGAUAGUCAAAAUGAUGAUUAUAAGGUUUUUGGGUCACUUCAAGAUGGUCCAAAAAAAACGGGUUUUUUUACUCUUGAUGGUGAGGCUCAAGUCUACAGUUUGAAGAAUGAUACCUGGAAGAAUGUUGAAUGUAUGCCGUACCGUAUUUUUCUUUGGAAUCAUGCUGGUGUUCAUGUCAAUGGGACUAUUCAUCAUGUAACUUUUAUCCGUAACCUUUUUUCUGAAAAGAUAUUGAUUGUUGGCUUUAAUCUUAGGACUGAGACUUAUUCAUCUAUGGAGUUACCAAAUUAUGAUAAUUCGGGUACGAGUUACAUGUUUAUGUGUGAAUUGGGUGGUUGUUUGAGUUUGUUGGUUAGUUAUAGUCGCGACCCAAUAGCAUAUGCUCCCUAUGGAUUUCCUCAUGCUGAUGGUGCUGAUUUGUGGGUAAUGAAGGAGUAUGGGAAGAAAAAAUCAUGGGUUAAGUUGUUUAGUAUAAGGGAUCCUGAGAGUUUCUGUGCUGAAACUGUAAGCUACUGCUGGGACUUUAGUUCUGAACUGUCUAAUGGUAAGUAUGAAAAUUGUGUUGCAAUGUUCUUGCUGAUGCAAGUUGAAUUUAAGGAUGUUGGAUUUUUGAUUGCAUCUGGUUUUAAGCAGUGUUUCCAGACUCAAGUCGAUGGAUUGAGCACACAAUGUCUAUUGCUCUUUCUUUGCACGCAGCCACGCACUUGCUUGUGUAUUUAUGUUGGUGUAAGAAACGAACGUGACAAACAGUGGCGUACCUGGAUAUUAAAAUAUGGGGUUGCGGAAUAUAAAAAAGCAGUGGCGUAUCUCAAUACUACUAAUUCCUAA